UGUACCCAAAAGGCCAAAACCCUUUUGACUAAAAUAACCAAGCAAAAGCCCAACAUAUCAUCUCCUUUCCUAAUUUGGAAUUAACACAGAUUUAACUCACCUCCCUCUCUCUCUCUCUCUUUCUUUGAUUUCUCCGGCAAUUCUUCCUCCCAGAGUCCCAGGCUCGUCAGGGAAUAAUGUACUUAAUGGAAACUCUAUUUGACAAAAUAAUGGCUGUAAAUGGGUGACUGUAAUCUGAUUUUCAUAUUGAGCUGCAUGGUAGAUGUGGGAGAAUUGGGAAUCUGAUUGUUAAAUGGAAUCUAACACUACCAUGGCUACCUCAGACUUGGAGCCUCAUGAGGAGAUGGAGUUUGAGUCGCACGAGGCAGCAUAUGAAUUUUAUAAAGAAUAUGCGAAGUCUUUGGGAUUUGGAACUGCUAAGUUGAGCAGUCGCCGUUCAAGGGCUUCAAAGGAAUUUAUUGAUGCGAAAUUUUCAUGCAUAAGGUAUGGGAACAAGCAGCAGUCUGAUGAUGCUAUUAAUCCUCGGCCUUCUCCCAAGAUAGGUUGCAAGGCUAGCUUGCACGUGAAAAGAAAGCAGGAUGGAAAGUGGUAUGUGUAUAAUUUUGUCAAGGAGCAUAACCAUGAACUUCUACCUGAACAGGCGCAUUUCUUCCGAAGCCAUAGGGAUUUGGACCCACUAAAGAAUGAUGUUCGAUUGCGCAGACGCAAAAUUUUAGCUUCUGUAUCCAAACGAUUCAGUGCGUAUCAGAAUGUUGGUUGUUUGGACAAUCUUAAAAGAAGCCAACAUGCCAAGGGGCGGAGUCUGUCUUUAGAAGCUGGAGAUUCACAAAUGCUGCUUGAUCUUUUCAUGCAAAUGCAAGAAGAGGAUCCAAAAUUCUUCUAUGCUGUGGAUUUGAAUGAAGAGAAUCGGUUGAGAAAUGUUUUCUGGGUUGAUACAAAAGGCUUAACUGAUUAUAGUUACUUUAGUGAUGUAGUAUCUUUUGACACUACAUAUGUUAAGAACAACUACAAGAUUCCAUUGGUUUUGUUUGUUGGAGUUAAUCAUCAUAUCCAACCGUUAUUACUGGGUUGUGCACUGAUUGCAGAUGAAUCGGUGCAUACCUUUCUUUGGUUGAUACAGACAUGGCUCAUGGCAGUGGGUGGACAACCUCCUCUAGUUUUACUUUCUGGUGAGAAUAAUGCUUUGCAAACAGCUAUUGCUGAACUUCUCCCUGAUACUCGCCAUUAUUUUUCCCUGUGGCAUAUAUUUGAAAAAAUCCCUAAUCAGUUAGAAUAUAUAAAUAUAUGGCUUGAUAAUUUUGUUGAAAAGUUCAAUAAAUGCAUCUAUAGAUCAUGGACAGCAGAGCAGUUUGAUAAGAGAUGGUUGGAGUUGGUUGAAAAGUUUGAACUUCAAGAUGACGAAUGGUUAAGAUCGAUGUAUGGUAAUCGUAUCCGCUGGGUGCCACUAUUUAUGAGAGGUGUGUCGUUUGCUGGGUUGUCCACCAGAUCACGGUCUGAAUGUUUGAACUCUUUCUUUGAUAAGUAUAUCAAUGCAGAAUCUUCUUUGAGAGAUUUUUUAGAACAAUAUAAACUUCUAUUAUGUGAUAGGUAUGAAGAGGAGGCCAAGGCAGAGUUUGAUGCAUGGCAUGAAGCUCCUGACUUGAAGUCUCCAUCUCCUUUUGAGAAGCAGAUGUCCUGGGUUUAUACACAUGAAAUUUUUAAGAGGUUUCAGGUAGAGGUUUUGGGAGCUGCUGCAUGCCAUUUAAAGAAGGAAAAAGAAGAUGAAACUGGCAUAACAUAUACUGUUAAAGACUUUGAGAAUAAUCAGGAUUUCAUUGUAGAAUGGAAUGAAUCAAGGUCUGAGAUCUGUUGUUUGUGCCGUAUGUUUGAGCACCAUGGUUACCUUUGUCGACAUGCUAUCGUUGUUCUGCAGAUGUCUGGUGUUUUUAGCAUCCCUUCUAAAUAUGUAUUGCAACGCUGGACAAGUGCUGCAUUAAGCAGGCAUUCAAUCAGUGGAAAGCUGGAUGAGGUGCAGGCUAAAGUUCGUAGGUACAAUGAUCUUUGUCGGAGAGCCUUAAUCUUGGCUGAAGAAGGUUCUCUGUCUAUUGAGAGCUAUAAUGUUGCAGUAUCUUCUAUAAGAGAUGGAUUUCAGCAGUGUGACCAUGUGAAUGGGUCUCUUGAACAGGAUUUGAGACCCAAUUCUUGUUUAGAUUAUUCAACUAAUUGCCAUGAGGAUGAUAAUCGAGGUAUCCAUUCAAGAUUAUGUGACGCUGAGCCAGAUAUAAGAUUGAUUGAGACAACUGCAGUUCCUGAGAUUGGAAGUGGUGACGUCAAUGUGAACAACACCAGAGAAAGGGGUGAUUCAUGCAUUUUCCAUCAGGAUCCACUGGACCAAAAUAUUGCAGCAGUUGGACCUGAACAUGGCUUUACUCAAGUGGAAACUCCAAAUACAAGGCCUGCUCAUUUGCACAAUAUGUUUCCCGUACCCUUUAAUAAUGGAAUGCCAAAUAUGUACCAAGGGGCAGCACCAGGGCAGUUUCAUCAUGGACCAUGGCAAGAAAAACACCUUUAACAUUAGCUAUUGAAUGGAAAACAACACUGAUUUCUGACAUGAGCUGAAGGAUGUAAAGCAUCCUGAUCUGGCUUCCAUCUUCGUUUCGUAGUUCUGACCAAUAUUUAACCUUCAGAAAAGUUCAGGUAUUACUAACUUAAGUAGGAUGUCUAUACAACGUAAAUCAAACUUUGUCCUCUCCGCAAUUCAUGUAUAGUAACUUGACUGACUUCUUGUGCAACAGUGUUUUAUGUAGGAGUAGGCAGGAUGAGCUAGGUCAAAUAUCUACAGAUUUAUACGGAUAAGUGUAUAAUAAAUGAUUAUGUUAGCAAUCAAAAUUUUAUUGCUAGUAA